AUGGACGAUCUCUGGCAGCCUCUCUUCCAGCACGCCUUUGAGUCCGACGUCGUGCUGCUCGGCGAGGGCGACACCGUCGGCCUGCACACCAACGGGGCCGCGCUCGUCGCCUUUGCGCCGGAACUCCAGGUCCACAUCGACAAAGCCACCGCCGCCGACAUCGAAAAAUCGGCCGUGGCGGUCGCCGACAAGGCUGACGUGGUCUCUGCCUCGACCGGCGCGGCAUCGGUCGCGCCGGCCGGCGUGGCGUCGGUCUCGGCCGGCGUGACGUCGGCCGCGGCGGGCCAAGUCGCGGAGACGUCCGACGCGAUCGCCAUCGCGCGGGAGGAGGGCCUCGCCAUUGUGCCGCUCCCAGGCUCGCGGCGCGCCAUCAAGCUCUUCCUGCGCCUGGCACACGAGUCGCUCCUCAAUGCCGGCGGGGCGAACAACUUCGACUGCGACGAAACAAUGUUCGACUUCCUAUUCGACAGCGAGUCGCUGCACUGCGAGUUCCUGGAAUUGUGCGUCCGCGUGGGCGACCAUGCGCAGGCGCUGACGGCGGGCGGAGGCAUCACGCGCGCCCUCAGCGCCUCGCUCGAAGCGACCACCACCCGGCUUGACGAUGGGAUCGACUCCGAGGCCGCGCUGCGCAUGUUCUGCUGCCUCUCCAAGCGCUUCUCCAAGCGCUCGGACCCGCCUGCCGACAUCGCCGGCUACAAGAGUGUCGUGGUUCGGCUGGCGGAGGAAAGCAUCGACAAGUCCUCUCUCAACCAUCUGCUGGCCCCGAGCAAGCUCGCAAGCCUCGAUAUCUCGCAGCUGGUCACGCUCGUCGACGUCCUCCCGCCCGACGCGAGCGCGGAUGGGCUGCUGCUGGUUGGCGACGUGAUUUUCUCCGACUUUUCUCGCAUCUCAGGCAGCAACCCGUCGUAUUCGACGUGGCAGCACAAGGUCUCGCUCUCCCCCGCCGGCACGACCGGCGCCGGCAAGUCCAUUAUCCUGUUCCUCAACGUGACUCCACGAAGCGGUGCGGAACGCAAGCCCGGGGCCAAUGAGCUCAAGAAGUGCGACGAGUUCGAUAUCAGUCUCUCCGUUGACGGGGAAUGCGCCUCGGACCACCCGCUGACCGUGUACGACGUGCAGCUGAAGGCGCGUGGGACCGAAAAGCCAUCGCCGAAGGUGGAAUCGAUGCGUGCCUCGUUCAUGUCUGAGUGCCUCAGCAUCGACCUCCGGACAGAGCUCUUUCAACCACCCGAGCCGCGCCCGAUCAACGUGGCGCUCGCGGACGGCACGGACCCCGACACGGGCUCGCCGUCACAUGUCGCCGGCUCCAUCGUGUCGGGCGUGCUGAAUUACCUCAUCGACCGCGUCGUUGCCACCGGGAAAAAGGAGGAGGAUUCGCCGACGGCGCCGUCGGUCAGGAUGUCGCAGGAGCCUGCCGAUGGUGCGGACAAGGAGACCGAUGCUGCGCCGCAGGACUCGGUCACGCGCCUCGGCCGCGCGCUCAACGGCGGCGACGACUCGGGGAGCGCGAGGGCGGAGCUGUCAUCGCUUUGCACCGUCCGCAUCGAGCUCCGCUGCGUGAAGGACGAGCGGCGACUCGCUCUUCUUCGCGCCUGGGCCAGCGCGCACGGGCUCGACAAGGAGGCGCCCUCGAUGGUUGAUCUCGUGAUGUACUACGAUGCGCUAUGCGAGCGCGAGUCGCCCGAGGCAAACGCGAGCGACCCGAUGCGCCCCGCCAGCGCCGACCCGCUCCGACGAAUCCUCUUUGACGACACGCUCGCCCGGCCCCUCGCCGACUCCCGCAGCCUGCGCCGCUUCUUCGAGGAGGGCGCCACCCGGCUCGGCGCGCCCGCAGCCUCGGGCCCCUCGCCCCCGUGCGCCACCGAGCAGCUGAGUGCGGAGCAGGCGGCGGCGCCGGUGCGCACGCCGUCGAGCUCCUCUGCCGACCAGCGCCGCGCGCUGGCCCAGCCAACGUCGCCAGGCGCCGACGCGGACGUGGACGGCGACGCAAGCGCCGAAGAGGCGCUGCUUGACGCGCUGCGGCCGUGGGCUGCGGCACACACGCCCGACGAGAUGGUGGCGGCGCACGUGCGGCAGCCCGACGGCCUCUUUGGCGACGCCGCCCGCGCGGGAAGCCCUCUGCGCGCCGCGCUGUCUGACGGGCUCCUCCCCGGCAUCGAGGCACUGCGCGGCAAGAGCUACGAGCGGAAGGCGAUCGAGGCGUACUGGACGAGAGAGAAGGCCGCCGUCUCGCCGGUCACGCGCAAGCCGCUCCAGUCCAAGACCCUCGUCCCAAACAUCAACUUGCGCGUCCUCUGCGAGGAGUACUCCGCAAGGCAGCGCCGACUCCACGGCGGCGCAACUUCGCCGCAGGACGUCGUCAUGGGCGCGCUGCUCCCGCCGCCGCACGCGCCCGGCGCGAAGCGCAGGCGCCCGGCAGAGCUGGAGCACGACGAGCAGGCCGCCUCGGGCGUGGCCGCAGGCGCCAAGCGCAAGCUUCGGCUGGCCUCCGGAGACGGAUCUCCGCCACCGGUCUGA